CCUGUUUGAUAAUGGCAACAACUGGAACCCUAACAGAAGUUCUCCAUCCAAUAUUACUAAUAGUUUUUGAAUAAGCAGACAUUUCACACAGUGUAGUUGUGUUGUUAAAUUUGUACAUAUAUAAAUAUAUAUCUAGUUCUUUGCCUUUAUUUCUAUCUAUAGCAAUAAAAGACAUGGUAGCAUUUGUAUUCACAUAUAUUCAUACAACGCUACUCUCAAUUUUACCUGAACUUAUCCAGAAUACCCAUGUUUUUUCUUACCUCUCCCCAAAAGGGCGUUCCCGUACCUGUAAAGCUGAGUUUGAUUGGUGGAGGCCUGUUCUGCACCUGUGACUGCUGUUUGUGAGGCAGGCUGACUACAGCAGUCUGUAGAAGCACGAGGCGACACCGGAGUGAGGAUUUGACAGCUACAAUUGAAAAACACGAUCUGAGUGGCCAGCAGUGGGAUACUUCCAUCCAUCAUCUUUGGAUUUGAGAGAUUCAGAUGGAGGGAGUGCUGAUUUUAAAAUCUGCAUCUCCUCCCAACUGUUCCUCUCAGGGCUUGUCUCCUCCUUUGCCUCUGGAUGCUCAGGAAGAUUCAGAUCUCCAAGCAUCCUCUGGUGGGUCUUCCCCCACCAUGUGUGUUACGACUGCACCACCACCACCACCUCCUCCUCCUCCUCCUCCUCCUCCUCCUCCUCCUCCUCUUCCUCUUCCUCCUCCCCCCCCUCCUCCUCUUCUGACCGCCGCUCCUUUUGGCUCUCGUAAUGUCCAGAGAAGAUCCAUGAAAAAACUGAACUGGGACACCAUCCCCAGCCAGCGUGUCCUGGGAAAACUGAAUGUUUGGACAUCGAAGCGGCCUCAGAGGGACCUGGUGCUGGAUAUUCGGAGCAUGGAGGAGCUGUUUAGUCACGUAGACAAACGGCCGUCGCUACGCAGUUCAAGGGUCAUGGGUCUGAAGAAGUGUGACGGCAUGGACCUGUUUCCGCAGGAGCCUCAGGUCACAAUCCUUGACUCUAAAAAGAGCAUGAAUAUUGGAAUCUUCCUGAGACAUUUCAAGAGGCCAGUGACAGAAAUGGUACAGGACAUUUGUCAGGGGAACUGGCUCAGAUUUGGAACAGGCAAACUAAAAGAGCUUUGUAAACUGCUACCAGAGGAAAAUGAGGUGAAGCAGCUGCUGUCCUUCAGUGGGAACCUCUCUGUGUUACCUGAGGCCGACCAGUUCAUGGUGCAGCUGGUCAAAGUGCCGGGCUACGAAGAACGCCUGAAAACGAUGGUGCUGAGAGAGGAAUUCUUUCCUCUUAUGGAGGAGGUGAAGAACUGUGUUGCUGUCAUGACCAAAGCAGCUAAUGAGCUGUUGGACUGUGAUGACCUCCACUCAGUCAUUCGGCUGGUAUUAAAAGCUGGGAAUUACAUGAACGCUGGUGGUUACAGUGCCAAUGCCAUUGGCUUCAGGAUGACCUCUCUGCUCAAGCUGGCAGACACCAAGGCCAACAAGCCUGGCAUGAACCUCAUGCACUAUGUUGCCAAGCAAGCAGAGGACAUUGAUACUGAGUUGCUGACUUUUCCCAGCCAGCUUGAACACAUCGGGAUGGCAGCAAGAAUUUGUAAAGAGGAGGUGGUCACAGACUUCGAGAGAGAGGUGAAGAAGAUCAAGGAAGUGAAACUGUACAGCAGCAGACAGUCCGGCCUCUUACAACAGAUGGAAACGUUCCUCAUACGGGCUGAUGCCAAGCUGGCCGACAUAGAAGCAUCUCUCCAGGAGCUAAAUUCUCUGAGCAAUGCUGUUGCUGAGUACUUCUGUGAAGACCCAGCUACCUUCAAACUGGAAGAGUGCUGCUCCAUCUUUAAUUCAUUUUGCAAGCGGUUUGAUACAGCUGUACGGGAGAACCGAGAGCGAGAGGCAGCAGAGCAGAGGCGCAAGCGGAAGGAGAGCAUGCGCAUUGCAGCCAAACGACACUCCACAGUGUCGGGCCCAGGACCCGAGCCUGACCGGGACUCGUCCAGCUUGGAGUCAGCCUUACACAGCUUUCUGUCCACCGUUCCAGAGGGAUUAGCCAGAUGCAGGAGGAGCCUGUUGACCCCAAUCGAAGGAUCCCCCAGUGACCACGGCUCUCAGACUGCUCCAUCAGCAGAAAAAAAUGAGUCUUCGCCCUGUUCUACACAGGAGAGGCCUGACAAGAAACAAGCCAAACUGCAGACCGAGGAUGAACAACCAGAAAACAAAGAGGAAGCUGAGAGGAUGCGUGAGAUAAGUCGGAAGGUAUUUCGCUACCAAAACAGCAGAAGUAGCCUCGAUGGGGACAGAGUUUCAGGCACUCCUCGCCGCUCAGAGAGAGCGCAAGACACUCCAGCUACUCCAAGCACCCCUCGGCCUAGAACCAGAGACUACUUCUUUGCCAACAACAAUGGGGAUGUGGGCUCUCCGUGGACAAUCCUGAGCCCCUUUACCUGUUCCCAAAGAAACAUCCCACAUCGGAACAGACAAGCACACCAACAAAGACUUUCUACAACAUCUGGUGGAGAAGACCUUGAUGAUGGAGUCUGGGAGAGUGAUGAAGGCAAUCAUCCUCCCAAUCUUGCCAACCGGGACAGUCUAACAUCUCCAUCUGGUGGUUCUGCGUCUCUUCCCGAGUGCACCCAUCAGAGACCUCUGUCGCAGGGUCCUCCACCAAUCCUCAGAUCUGCUUCCAUGGAUGAAACUAGGCGAUCUCCUGCUUCUGCCUUUCGGCUGGGAGACUUGUUCCAAAGGUCAUACUCCUCUAGCUCAAGGACAGAAAAUAUGGGAGAAGAAGUCCCCGGAGUGUUUCCAUUGCAUCGCAGGAAGGCAAGGAAUCACGUAGAGGGGCAAGUGAGCAGCUCUGGGUUGAUAUCCUUCUUCAGGCGCAUUGGAGGCAGAAGUAAACCUGGUGAUGUGGAAGAACAAAACUUCAAAGGCUCUAAUAGUUGAUUAAAAAUUUUAUUUAGAGACAGAAACCAAGCUUUGUCAUUUUUUGUGUUUUAAAUUGUUAAAAUUAGUUUGUCUUUUUUUUUCACUGUCAUGGUUUUACCCAAGGCAACUAAGGACUUGCUUUGAACUGUGAAGGCUUUGAUUUUUGGAAGUCAAACCACGUUCAAAAAUCCUAAGAUAUUUCUUUCUUUUUUUGUCUUUUUGUCCACAAUAAAGGAUAACAUUCUACCUUUUUAA